UGUCUGUGGGUUCGGUUGGUUUUUACGCAACACAUGCUUCAGUCAGUGGAAACCAGUCAGUCUGCAGCUCGGCAGGAGUUUUUCACGGAGGAUUUAUUUAAUUAUCUGUCAUUUUAUACAGCAGAGAGGCACGAGACUGCUGAGAUCCUGCAGAGAGACUCCUGAGACUCCUGAGACCUGAAGAGCAUCUCCAUCCAGAGGCUGCUGCUGCACAAAGAGAGGUACGUUACACAUCUACAGACCAUUUAUAGACCUGAAGGCUGCAACUCACAGCUCUGUCAUGUGAAACAGGAGAUGAUGAGUGAACUUAAAGUGUGUUACACCAGAAUAAAGACAUCAUGAGUGACCAGUUCAACUGCAAAAACUGCAACGAGUCCCUGUGCGGACGCAAAUACAUCCAGGUGGAGGACAAGCCUCACUGCAUCCCCUGCUACGACGGCCUGCACGCCAACACCUGCGAGGAAUGUAAAGAAAUCAUCGGCCAUAAUGCCAAGGAGCUCUUCUACCAGGAGAGACAUUACCACGCGCACUGUUUCCGCUGUUUCCGCUGCGAGCGCUCUCUGGCAGACGAGCCCUUCACCAGCCAGGAGGACGCGCUGGUGUGCAGCGACUGCUACUGCAGCGAGUAUUCCUCCAAGUGUGUGUCCUGCGACAAGACGGUCAUGCCAGGAUCGAAGCUGUUGGAGUACGGAGGCUCCACGUGGCACGAGGACUGUUUCGUGUGUCACGGCUGCGAGAAGCCGAUAGGUGCCGAGGCCUUCAUCCCAGACAGCAACAACUACUACUGUGUGCCGUGCUACGAGGGCAGAGUCGCUCCUCAGUGCAGCCACUGCAAAAAGGCUCUGACUAAAGGAGGGGUGACCUACAAGGACGAGGUGUGGCACAAAGAGUGUUUUCUCUGCACGGGCUGCAAAGCUCCGCUGGCUGGCCAACCCUUCACCUCGCAGGGGGACAGUCCGUACUGCGUCAAGUGUUUCAGCAGCCUGUACGCCAAGAAGUGUGCCGGCUGCAACACGGCCAUCACAGGGUUUGGAGACGGGAAGUACGUGUCUUUCGAGGAGCGGCAGUGGCAUAAGCCGUGCUUCAAGUGCUCGCGCUGCUCGGUGUCGCUGGUGGGCUCCGGCUUCUUCCCCGACCGCGACCAGAUUCUGUGUACAGACUGCAACAACGAGGACUGACCACACCACCAAACCUACGCCUGCAACACCUGCAGCGAUUAUCGAACACUAAACCUCAGCCUUGCACACGAACACUGCGAUAUCACUAAUUCACUCACAGUGUAAAGCUGAUACAAAAGCUCAGUAUUCACAACUCUCCUCGGCCUUUAGCACAUUGACAUGUUUGUAUAAAUUCUACAGAAAUGAUGUGUGUGUAUGACUUUGUUUUUCUUUAUUUUUUAUGGUUUGCACAUCAAAGACUAAAUAAAAUAUACAAAACGUAUAUGUAAACCUUUAAAUUAAACUGUUUUACACUUUUUUAUGACUGCUAGAAGGAACCAAAAUUUGAAUGUUAUGACCAACGCUUGGCAACGUGUUUCUACUUUUUAAAAGAAUAUUCCAAUAUAUAAAACUUCCCUUAUUCUUCUCCCACUUCUUGCUGUAUGUCAGCUUAUUUGUUGAAAAUGAACUGUAUAUUUUCUUUUUUUUUCAGCUUAAAACAGUCUUUACUGUCGUACCUGCAGUAAUAAUAAAUGAUGAAAGAAUGAAGUGAUAAAUCAAAA